AGCCGACCACACCGCAUUCCGCGUUCAACGCUCAGCGCUAACGCACGCUCACUAACUUACACAAAUGUCCAAUAUGUCUUACGAGAUCGCGUAUUCGCUCGCAGACGACGGCCCGCAGCCUGUCUCGCGUACUUACCAAUAUCGCAAAGUGAUGAAGCCGAUGCUCGAGCGCAAGAGGCGCGCUCGCAUCAACCGCUGCCUCGACGAGCUCAAAGAGCUGAUGGUCAGCGCUUUGCAAUCUGAAGGAGAAAACGUCGCCAAGUUGGAAAAGGCUGAUAUUUUGGAACUGACCGUUCGCCACUUGCACAAACUUCGCCGCCAGCGCAGACUGUCAAUCAACACGACAGUAGAUGCCGACCGCUUCCGAGCUGGAUUUACUCAUGCCGCCAACGAAGUGUCUCGAUGCCUGGCAUCCAUUCCCGGUGUUGACGUGAGGUUGGGAACUCAGCUGAUGACCCACCUCGGACACAGAUUGAACGAUAUGCAGCGCGCAGCAGCCGGUGUCGACACGCCACCAGCGAGUCCCGCCAGCCCCGCGCCUUCUACUGCAUCCUCAUCAUCUGGCUACGUGUCUCCGUCGCCGCCAGCCUCCCCAGUGCCCAUGCAUACCUCCACGCCCCUAGACUGCACCACCAGCUACAACAAGGUGUGGAGACCGUGGUAACGAGGAGCCGGAGCAGCAGCGGACCGGCUCCGCGGUCACAUCUGUUCCAGCACCGACCGGAGCCGCACUCGCCCUGUGUCCGCCACACUACAGUUCAGUGUUGUUCAUGUGAAAACUUCAGGCAACUCUAGAUCUCACAAUUUAACUAGUUUAGGGAAAUCUAGCUCGUAAGUUCAACUUCAAAGCUUUAAUAAAAUAGCCUAUAAGUCUAUUGUGAUAUUAAAGAGUAAUAUUAUUGUUUAAGAAAUGUUGUAUCGAGCCUUGCUGAGGUCGUAUUGUUAUAUUUUUAUCGUUAAAAAGAUUUCACUCAAUCGUGAACUACAAAAGAAUGAGAAUAAUAAACAAAUAUUAUUUUAAUCUA